AUGAACGAAAAACUACCUCACGAUCAUAAGAGACGAUUUGCUGAGUUCCAAGAUGAGGACAGAACCAUGCCUCCUCCUGUGCUAUCGACCGUCCGACUUCUGUUUGCUGAUAAACAUGAAGAAUCAAAUGGAUCACACAACGACUACUAUUACAACAACAACAACAACAACAACAACAACAACAACAACAACAACAAUAAUGAUAAUAAUAAUAAUAAUAACGGCAUAACAGGCAUAUAUAAUCUCGAUUUCCCUUCUAAUAAUCAACUGGCAUUCGAGCAACAAAUACGUAACAAAUUGGAGUCACAACUACUACUGCAAGAACACCCUCCACCACUGGGUCGUAUUCUGCAUGAAUCAGAAUUAGAGUUUCGAGCAAAUCCAGACAACUAUUCAUCCAACUUUCUGUCCAACUCCAUUCGAUCCGACAACAACAAUAAUAAGAACAUAGAUUUAGAAACAACAGCUACUGAUGGUGGACACAUAUUGCAUUCUAAUUCGUAUUCAGGACUUCUUGGAUCGAAUAAAAACCAAAGCAUAAUUAAUACAAGUCGAGACAAUUCCAUUUCUUCGAAUACAUCUGAAAAUGAAAUUAAACUUUCUUCAAAAUCCCAAUCAACUGGUGAUUCAGGUAAUUCAUAUUCACUCUCAAUAAAGAGAGCCAGAAGAAGGAUCAUCCGCAACAGUUUGGGGUCUCCCCAAAGACUUUCACGCAUCGAGCUGGUUUUACAACAACAGCAACAAUUAGAGCAUAAGGCCCAAUUGAAAGAUGGUUCAAUAGACGAUCCAUAUCAACAAUAUCACUCAGCAUAUCCUCUGUAUCUGUCUACAAAUCAUGCCAACAAGGAAGAGUUUAUGAAUUCUCAUUCGUCGUUACAGCAGAACAAUUCUAAUACAGACCCACAUCUACACAGUAUAGAAGCAUCUCAUAAACGUGACUCUGUUAAUCUUGACUCUCAAACGCAUUUGAAUUCUAAGUUGCAAGAUAAUGACUCAGAGAAAUCUUCGUUGUUCUGGAUGUCUGUUGAAAAGAAUAGAUCUAACUCUUUAAUCUCCAUUUCUGAAGAGAAACAUAACGAAUUAAGAAAGCGCAUAGAAGAACGGAAACGGAUGGACGAGCUCAAAGAAUUAUUUAAAAAGGAAAAUCAUGUUGAUAUGCAAAUUGACCAAGAAAAUAAGAAUGGCAGUUCAAGAGGAAGUAGUGGUGAGAAAGCAGCAGAUCCAAACGAGAGGGUACCCUUAAGUAUUAUACCAGGAACUCUGUUAAACCAGGUGAAUGACGUUUUCAAAAGGCCCAAAUCUAAGAUUCCUAUUUCUGCAUCAAUGAAUGCUCCACCGAAAGCUCAAUUGCAAUUUUCUGCAAACUUUAACUCUCAUUCUUCACAGCAAUAUCCAAUGCCUAAUGCUGUACCUUUGACAAUGGCCAAGCCCGUGUCUCACAAUAAUAAUAAUAUGGGCAAAAUAUUACAGGGAACAGUUAAGUCUUUAAAUCUGACCCAGUUUGAGCCUAUCCAAACUACUGAUGCCAAUAAUGACAUAAGAGCACCUUCAUCACCGAACCCACCAGCGCAGCAAGCUACAAAUGAAAAUUCAAAUUCCAAGAAGAAGGCAUUAACUAUUAAUGGUGUAAUUUAUGAAAAGCUCCAAUUAAUUGGUAGAGGGGGAACUUCAAAAGUUUAUAAAGUCCUAGCACCUAAUAACAGACAUUAUGCCAUCAAGAAAGUCACUUUUGAUCAAUUUGAUGAAGGCAGUGUCAGAGGAUUUAAAGGAGAAAUAGACCUUUUGAAGAAAUUGAAGGAAUCUGAAAGAGUUGUAAAACUUAUUGAUUAUGAUGUGAGAGAUGGGUUAAUCUACUUGGUAAUGGAAUGUGGUGAUUUAGAUUUAGCUACAGUUUUCCAGAAUAGGUUAAAGAAGUUGGAUUUGGAGUUUGUAAAGUAUCAUGCGAUUGAAAUAUUCAAGUGUGUACUUGCUGUCCAUGACAAUGGGAUUGUCCAUAGUGAUUUGAAACCUGCAAACUUUUUAUUUGUCAAGGGUAUGCUCAAGAUUAUUGACUUUGGUAUUGCUAAUGCUGUUCCAGAUCAUACAUCAAACAUAUAUCGUGAGUCUCAAAUUGGAACCCCCAAUUACAUGGCACCGGAAGCUCUUGUUGAAACUAACCUCACCAGUAAACAGGUUAGCAAAAACACAUGGCGUGUUGGCCGCCCAUCUGAUGUUUGGUCAUGUGGGUGUAUUAUUUAUCAGAUGAUAUACGGUAAACCUCCGUAUGGGGCUUACACUGGAAACCAACGUAUUAUGGCAAUUAUGAAUCCUCAAGUGAAGAUUCAAUUUCAUUCCAAAGGCAUAGGAGAUGCCAAAGUUCCUCAAACAGCAAUCAGACUUAUGAGAAAAUGUUUGGCAAGGGAUCCACUGGAACGUUGGACAGUAGAGCAAUGUUUGAAGAGUGAUUUUCUACAUCCCAAAGUGGUUACCGAGAGUUUUGUUAGAGACUUGGUACAUCUGUCAAUUAAUUUUGGUCAUAGUUCUCGAGUGAACGGGGGAGUGAUAAGUGCUGAUGUUUAUGAUCAAGUUGUGGAGACGGUUUUAAAGCAGAUAGAGGAAUUAAAUUAUUAG